UGCGAGUAAGUGCAACCCUGCGCAUGCGCCAGAAAAAGAAAUAUUACAGCGAGUUGACUAAUCAGGAUAGUCCGUGGUUGUUGAUAGACUUGAAGAGAAGCUCGCGCGUGCGAGAGAAAUAAAAAGAUCGAGCAUUGCCGCGUUUAUACGCGUUAUGAUUAUUACAAAUAAAUACGUAUAAUACAUUAUACUAUAUUUGUAAAUGUGUGAUUUCAACUUUCUUUACAACGGCGAUCAAUUAAUUAACGCAGUGAUCAUUUUUAUAUACAACGGGGUGUAAAUUUAUGUUUGACGCAUUACAUGGACUACUAGAUUGAGGAAAUCUAAAGAAAUUAAUUCGACAUCAUUUUCAUCAGAAUUUUUCAAUUAUAAAUAACUAUGGCUCCGACGGUAUGCUUACCGGAAUUGUCAGUUGUAAGAAGUACAGAAAAUCUUUAUACACGCCGACGACAAAGGGUCUGUCGUGUUAUCAAAGGAAAACAACAGAGACUGGAAUUAAGGCGAUUAACCAAUGUCGUCGACACUGACGUUGAAGAAUCUGUAACAUCUUCGCCCAUGAAGAAUUCUUCGUAUGAAGAUAAUAAUUCACACGAGUCCGUUGACAUAAAUAUUUCAUCGUCGAAUGUUUCAACAAAAAUUUCGGAAAAAUUGAUGGAACAUUGUAAUGUAAUAUUUCCCAGACGUGAAGGUUUAUUCAGUAUCGUGGUACGUACUUUGGCUCUCGUACGACGAAAUCGUAUUCUUCAAGAACGAGUUAAUGCCUUACGUGCAGAGACACACGAUUUUAUUCGAUCGGUCUUAAAUAACCCGCAAAAUAAGUGCAGGCAACAAGAAGAUACGAUAACAACAACAAGUCGUUGCAAAGAUGCGAUAGUUUCGUCCUCUACCGAAAGAAUUGUCUUGAAGCCAACAUUAUCGCAUGCCCCAGAUUCAAGGAAUUCUUCACCGGAUAUUGUUACGUCCACGUGUCAGAGUCCUUGGGAAAACGAGGAUUAAUUUAAUCUUCAAGACUUCUACGAAUAUAUAUAUAUAUAUAUAUAUAUAUAUAUAUAUAUAUGUAUAUGUAUAUGUAUAUGCAUAUUACAUUAUUUAACGCUUAUCUCUUUAUUGAAGAUAAUGAAAAAAAGGAGGUUAGGAGUAUUUAUUAAUUAAUUAUGCAUAAGUCGUUCAAUAGAGCAAGAAUACAAUUAAAAAAAAGAAAAAAAAAGAAAAAAAAA